AUGUCUACUAUCUCCACACUUGACCAAUCAAGAGUCAUUGCAGAAACCAACGCUACAGAUUCAUAUCAAAACCUAUUAUUCUCUCUAAUCCAGUUCUGGAUGUACACGGGUGUUUACCCGCGGAGAGUUACCGUUGUGACGCACGAGUUCAAACGCGCUCGAUUCAUGCAGUGCCAUUUCCCAGCCGUGGGACUCGUCCCUGUUGGCCUGGAACAAGAGGACUAUACACAUAAAGCUACUGUGAUAGGUAUUAAUCCACCAGAGGAAAUCACUCUACCAGACACCUUGACUCGAGGCGAGGCUACGAAUGGGAUUGGGCUUUGGAGAGAAGAUCUUUACGGAGUGAACCCGGAUCUGGUAGGCAAAAGGGUGAGGCGAGGCUGGUCUCCCGGGAUGCAAAACUACACAUUCUCCUGUCUGGGAUUGGAAAGUGUGGUGCUGAAUCUAAUCCUGUAUGAUGGGGGUGAUCAUUGCAAUAAGUGGUUCCCGAAGCGAGAGAGUUUACCUUGGUCUUAUACUAGACAUGAUACAACCAAGGGGCUUUGA